CCCUUUUCCUUCCCCUACUCCUCUCUUCCCAAGCUGGAUCAGUGUGUAGGGAGGGCAGUCAUCACGCCAUCCUGAGCAGCAAGAGCUGACGCUGGACGAAGCUGCCAGGUAGCUGAAAAAAGGCACAGAAGGCAGUUGAUACCCACUUUUCAGCGGUUUGUGUUUUUCUAGUCUGUAUCUGGACUUCAAGCAACACAGCGCCUGAGACAGCUCGUCUGAACCACACUGUAUUGCAAUACUAGCUCUUCUCAAAGAAAAAGACUCCACUGAGCAGCAGAAUGCUGCCAGUGUCGCAGCCAGGUCUACAGUACAGAGCCUUUUUGUAACAUUGCAAAUUUCUUUCUGUUCAGAUAUUUGAAAUACAUACAUACACUUAUAUAUCAGUUCUUUCUUUUCUGAGGACACCUUUGGCUGUUUUUGGUUUUUUUUGUUUGUUUUUUUUCCUGAUGUGACUUCUUCCUCUUGGAAUGAUGGGGAUCUUUUUAGCUUAUAUUGGAUUCAUUUUCUUUUCAGUUAUGUAUAUUCAACAAGGACUUUCUACCCAAGCAAAAUUCACAGAGUUUCCCCGAAAUGUCACGGCCACUGAAGGGCAGAACGUGGAGAUGUCUUGUGCUUUCCAAAGUGGCUCUACUUCGGUGUACCUUGAAAUCCAGUGGUGGUUUCUGCGGGCAGCUGAGGACCAAGAGGCUGGUGCUGAGGUGACAGGCACUCAGGUGGAGUUCCUGCCCGAGCGGGACCUGGACAGUGACGGCACGAAGAUCAGCACAGUGAAGGUACAAGGGAAUGACAUCUCCCACAAGCUGCAGAUUUCAAAAGUGAGGAAAAAGGAUGAAGGCUUGUAUGAGUGCAGGGUGACCGAUGCCAACUAUGGAGACCUUCAGGAAUACAAGGCCCAGGCAUUUCUCAAAGUCAAUGCUAACAGCCACUCCCGGCGAAUGCAAGCCUUUGAGGCAUCCCCGAUGUGGUUGCAAGACAUGAAACCUCGUAAAAACAUCUCAGCAGCUGUCCCAAGUAGCAUCCACAAUUCUGCCAAUCAGCGUGUACGUGCCACCUCCAGCCCCGAAGCAGCAGCCAAAAUCCCCAAACAAAGUCCGCAAUCAGUGCAUGCCAAGACAUUCAUGGGCACCAGAGCCAACCUGGCGAGCUAAUUAAAUAAAUAAAUGUAUAUGUUUAAAACAGCCUUAUAAGGAGCAUUGGAAAUCUGCAAGAUGAGCGAAUAUCUUAUAACUUCUUCCGCAGGUGCGAGGAUAGCUACAAGCCAUGGACUUUCUGUCCUGCUUCUUGUUUGUGGCUUUGUGAAGGGUGCUUUGCUUUAAUCUAAAAGUGCUGACUUUUUCCAAUAUCACUUUCUCUUCUUAAAGCAAAGAGCAAAUCGCCUGUAAAAUCCACGGAGCGGACAGCAAAGUUGACCCUAACCUCCAACCAUCACUCUGCACCCAAUGUACUCUAAAUCUCUACACAAGGAGCACCUUCUUCAGGAAGUACAAACAAAAUUACUAAAUAAAUAAAAUAAAAUAAAAUAAAAUAUUAUAAAAAAAGAAGAGGAUACCACGUUUUCUUGAUAUAUCUUAUUUUCUUCGGCGUAUCACUGAUAUUUUAUUUGAAGAGAACUGGUGUGAUGUAAUCAAAAGUUUUGUAACAGCAAGACCUAGUUUCCGUUUCUUUCGGAGAAGCCUCAUCCUUGACUUCUCAGGGGUUGGCCUGUGAGUCCUCAGUAUUACAGAAUUAAUCAUGGAUGACAUUUGGUUUCCUACGCUGAAAGAACCGUUCCGGCCUGGAAGCAAAAAGAGGCCAAAUAAUGAAACAAACUAUAGUGAUUUAACAUAAAUAGAAUACAUAAAAGCUUUAUCAAAAAGUCUUUUCCUUAUCUUCUUCUUCUUUUUUUUUUUUUUUGUAUGAGGAAUAGGAAUAUUCUACUAAGCAGCUCAGCAGACUAUGGGAUGUUGUUUCUGAAAAACAUAUGAGGAUAUUUUUCUUUUGAGAUUUUUUUUCUUUUUGCUUUCCAAUAUAUUAUUUUUUCCCCCUCUGAGGUUUUUUUUUCCUGUCUUUCUGUUUGUUUCUUGUUCAAUGAUGGCAAGUACCGACUUAGGCCAACCCCUGAUGACUAUGUGGAGGUUUAUAUAUAUAUACAUCCUUUUUUUUGUGUGUGUGCGUUCUAUAUUUCAAUGUGUUUUCUCUAAUUUUGCAACUCCUGUAUAUGCAAAACUAACUUAAAUUCUGUAAAUUGCUUACAGUCUGUGUGAUAUAACUUCAGAGUAGACAUACUUUGGUCCUCAUGCAAGCCAGUUUUUAAUAUUAUCUGUAUGUCGUGCCACCAAGAAACAUCUUUAUUUCCUUUUUUGACAAAACACCACUUUUUGGUUUUUAAUUCAGUAAUGUGUGGAUUUUGUAAUGCAUAUCUUCACUUUGUCUGGUUUGGCCCCUUUCAGUCCUCUGUUUACUCUGUAAAUGCACAUUAAAAUUUGUUAUGGUCUCUAGAAAAUGAAUUAUUUUAGUUUGUAUGUUGUGUUGGAGUUCAGAUGCUGAAAGCUCUUUGAAUUUGUGAUGUUUAUAGAAGAUGAAGUGAUUCAAUCACUAAAGACUGCAAAAUGAAAAUGCAGGUUUGCAGUCAAAUACUGCACAUAAAGGAAGCUUAGAAACAGAAAACAGACAAAUAAACCAGAAUGUGUCUUUAAGGAUGUUCUUUUGGUAAAGAAUUUUAGGAAAGUGAAUUUAUUACACUGAUAAAAUAUAUUUGCAUCACAGCUCCUCCUACAUGGCCAAAGAAGUGUCUUUCUUUGCUUUUUCUGAAAGUGGAUUGUCAUUACUCAUUGAUAUUCUUAAUUAAAAUACUUUUUGUCUGUGAACUGAAUGUGAGAAUUUGGCUGUUGAAUGAUGUAAUAUGUGUUACAUGAAUUACAUUCAUUAAUGCAGGAAGCAAAAAUUGCUACCAUUUGCAGCUGCAAUCAGGAAGGUUUUUUUCUUUUUCCCAUCUUUCCACUGAUGCUGAAAAAUUCACACCCUUUCAUUUAUCAGCACAGACAAUCACAUACACCACAUGCUUAUUAUGAUCUAUUUAUAGCAGCAUUAAGUAGCUGCAGUGUGGUCAGCUGUGUGAUUUCUCCUCACUUUGUAAGUACUGCAGAAGAAAUUUUAAAAGUAUGCUUAUUAUCUCACCAGUCUGUGGCCUACAGGCCUAACAUUUUAUUUGAAAAUGCACAUAUGUCUGAUGUCUUCCCCCAUUACUUCCAAAGGGUAAAGAACAAAUAAAAGCAUGGAAUCAACAUUUUGUUAACCUAAUGCUUUGAAACAGGCGAAUAUAUUUGUGCAGAUCUCAUUUCCUAUAAAUUCUGUUGUAUAUGCUUGACUGGGAAUAGUCAAUCUUUCUUCGGUUUUAGACAAGUCUUGGCAGUUGUAAAGAGAGCAGAAGUUCAGCAUAAUACAAACAAAUCAGGUGUAACCAUCAGGAGAAAUAAGAUUUCUUUUAUUUCAACAUAAAAUUUAUGACCCACUUAGAAUGUUGUAUAUUGAGAAAGUUUUUCUCCAUAGUUAUAACAGUUUAUCAGGCUACUGACAAAGAAAUUAAAAACUCCCCAUUAAAAUGUUCUGGGUCAAAGCCAAUAUUGUGGAUUAGAGAGGACAGAAAGAGGAAAGAAAAAGUCAAGGGUCAGAGUUUUUUUGAGGUCUCGCUUUCUGAACACACCUGUGGAACCAAACUUUGAGAGUUCUGGAGAAAAAUCUCCAUUUUCUUCCAGAAAGAGAUAUCUAUGACUGGACGAUGUGAGAAUAUCCUGCUUGAAGCUUGAAAACUUCAGUUUCCAUUGGUCUUAACUGGAACCAAAUGCUUAAUGUCACAUGUUUCAUUUGUUUACUGUAUCCAUAUAUCUUGUAUGAAUAUUCCAUGUAUGCACAUAGAGGCUGUCCAUCAUGACAUAGGGCAUUUGACAGCACAGUCUAGCCUCACAUUGCUUAAGUUGUUACUGUGUUAAACUGAUGCUGUGUUUUGCUUUUAGCUGCUUGGAUAUAAAUCACCAUGUACUAGGAAUUCAGAUUAAAGAACGAGCUGAAAUUAAAAGCAGAAUUCUAGACCACUUGGUUAGUGUGAUGCAAGCCAGAAGACAUUCCCAUGCUGUGAUCUGCUACUGUACAACUGUGUCAGCAAAAAAAAAAAAAAAAAAAAAGGACAAAAGAAAUCUGUAGAACUUUUGAAAAGCCUUUAAAUUUCCCAUGAGAUACUAAGAGGACACAGAAAUUGUCCUCCUUCCCCUCUCAAAACAACACAUCCAAAUUCUUCAGAUGAGUCUGAUCCAGCCCUUCUGGUUGCAGAUCUAGAGCACAGCUUUAGUUUCUGCCAAUCUGUGUGGAUGCAGCAGCAACUGGAGCAGGUAUUACAUUUCUAAUUUUUAAACUAUGUCUUAACAGCUAUUCUCCAAACUGAGAAUCUGCCUGGAGCUCGUAGAAUUUCUCAAAAUGGAAGUUAAGGUGCAGUAGACACCCUUGUUUCUAAGAAUUCUGUUAUGAACGAUAUUUGGCAUAGGAAUGAAAAUACUACUAUUUUCUGCCAGGUGCAAUUCUAGUUUGUAUUCAACACAAAUACAUUUUUAAAAAGUGGCUUAAUUAAAUCUUGAAAAGCUCCCUCUUGAGUAGGGUAUCUAGAAGGGCAAUUUGCAUCUAGCAUUGUAGCAUCUCUCAAUUCAAUAUCCUUAUCCCUUUUACAAAAUUAGUCCAUUUUUGAGGUGGUCUUUUACAUGACUUACGCUUCUCAAUUUGUGUCCCGAAAGCCUCAUUACGUAUGGUUACUUUCUUCAGGUCUUUCUAGCAGGUUUUGUUUUUCAUAGAAGAAUAGACAUGGGUAAGUAUGAAACACAUUUGUAUUUCCAUAUAUAUGCUAUCUACACUCCCACAGUUUGAGAUCUGAUGUCUCAUCAGGCUAAAAGAAAUGUGUUCCAGCCCCAUGAGGCAUCAAUGACAGCCUUUGUACUACAUGGAGAAAAGAUCCAUGGCAGUUUGGUACUGCUACCAGGGCUUAGUACUGCAACAGAGCCUGUCUCAAAAGUUCUCCUUUUCAAUGGUUAUGAAAUAUUCCUUUAAGGUCUGGAACCUUGUUCAUAGAAGUUGCUCCAUAACAUGUUUGAACGUCUCUUUCUUAAUUGUAUUUGGUAGACUUUAAAAGUCUAUUAAGAAAAGUACUAGAAAAUUUGAAUGGUAAGCACUGAAUGUAUCAGAAAUAAUUGUUUACUUUUUACUUCUUUUUCAGUCUCAAUAUUGAAUACUUACCUUAGAGCACUCCCUGAAGGCACAGGUCAGAAGUAGGUAUAAACAUGAGACACCAUAGCAAAAAUUACAGGACUCUGGAAGUUCAUACUUUUUCAUCUAAUUCAGUGCUACUGUGAUUCAAGACCGGAAUAUAACCUAAAACCAGUUUUUUUUCACAUUCAUUCUAUAAAGUACUUUUGCUUCAUUCAAAUAAAGUGAGGAAACCGUGACCAGUGCAAAAAAUCUGAAUGCUUGCCUGAUAUUUUUCAGUGUUAAACACUUAAUUUCUAAUUAUCUUUAAUUUCUAAUGAUCUUAACCUCUAAAGAUCCUAAGUGAUAUCAUAAUUGAAGUAAUCAUUUAAGUAAUUAUUAAAGAAAACAACAAAAUGCCCCUCCCCCCAAAAAAAACAAAACUGGCACUGCUGACAAUCUUAAAUUCCUUUCUUAAAAUAAAACUUAAAUUAAAAAAAAUACAAACCUUUGUCAUUUGCAGAGUAUGGGAACAUUUUUCCAUGACAUUACUAUUGGUAAAUGUCAAACGUGGUUUUUAGAGCUAAAAGCAUUAGGAACCAAGAUUGGGAUCAUCAUAUUUUGUAAUAUAAAUUUUUAAAGGUUAAUCUUCCAUGAUUAGCUCAGAUAAACAAUGCUUAGCACACAGUAAAUUGAUUAAUGCAACUCACUAUAAAUGCCUUCAGUCUUUUGUUCUGAGCUUCCUAAAUACUGAUUUGUUUCAUUUCACAGUCAUAAAGUUUGCACAUACAUUGACAUAGCUAAAAGAUUUUACAUAGUUUUUCUACUGUUAUUCAUCCAAAGAAAUGUAAGAAGAAAGUUAAAUUUGUCGUAACAAUGAAUUAAAAUCAAUUGGUGAAGAUACUUGCAAAGAAACAAAUGUGUGCUUUCUUGAGAGUCAAGUUUAAUUGCAAUUAAUUAUUUAAAUUCUCCUUUUUGUGUUAUUCUUUUUUUGCCAACAUUUCAAUCAACUUCUAAAACAAUGCUAUAUAUCUUAUUACUCAUUACAAGGUGACAGGACAAAAUAAUGAUGCCUUUGUUAUGAGAAAUCUAGGGGGGAAAAGGUUUUUUAAUUUAACAAUAUUUUAAGCUCUCACUGUUUACCUCAAAAUACCUUGAGAUAUAUUAAUACGUAUAUAUAUAGAGAGAGAAAGCAAGAGAGAUAGGUAUAUAUAGAUAUAAAUAUAUAUAAUUCCCAACUCUAUCAUGCUGAUAAUAGAGAUGACCUUCAGAUGGGAGCAAAGGAAUUUUUCAAUUAUUGAAAUGCUCCUUUACAUUGAUAUUACAGCACAGAAAGAGGUCUUAUAUGUAUAUGAAACUAUUUAUUGAGUGACAGCUCAUAAGGAAGCCAAAACAUACAUAAUAGACUAUUAAUUCCUUUCUUGUUUUUAUAUUCCAUGAACUUGAAAAACAAGAGAGAAGAUUGCAUUUGACAACUAGCUGCUUAAAAUAAACCAUUUCAUUCAAAUCUUUGAAGAAACGAAUUCCUUAUUAAAAUGACUUGUAUAGCUAUAACCUUUAAAAAUAUAUGGGGUUUAGAUUUUUAAGAAAAUAUAUAUAUUAUAUAUAUUAUUCUUGUACAUAAAAUUGGGAAGAAAGGAGAUAAUUUCUUUUGUUACUUCUGAUAGAAGAUUAUGUUCCUUGCUGCUGAUUGUCUUCAAUACAAAAUGAUUUAAAAGACCCUUUAAAUUACUGACAACCAUACUUUGAAAAGAAAUAUUCUAAUUUUUCUGAUCAUCUACAAUGCACUUUAGUUUCUGCAUAUUAACCCACACUGGUUCAGAUUUUAAAAAUGUUUUUUCAUCAUAAUAGAAAAGAAGUAAUCCAUACUUUAUUAAAAAUAAAUGUCAGCAUGUUUACAAAACCACCUUAAUGUCUUUUUAUUUGGUGAUUCAGGCACAAGAUAUGCUUUGUCCGUAUAUUUAAUCAGCUCAGUGGGGCUAAGCACUGAAAAAAAGACAAAGGAAAAGCACUGAAAAAAAGACAAAGGAAAGUGGUUCCUAGUUGUUCCACCUACUAAUUGAAAUGCUGUGUAAGAGAGAAAGCAGAGGUAUGAUUCUUUCUGUUUACCUACAACAGUCAACAAAGAACCUUCACCAGAUCUAACAGAACAAAUCACUGCUAUAAAAAAUAACAGUGGUAGUUCAACUUUGCAAUAAGGUGAAAAACAAUGAAAUUGAAUGCAAUUUCUUUAGCAAAAUGCAAAGUUUUUUCUUCCAAAAUUAUUACUCUCCCCACAAAUAUGAAAGAAGGUCUUGAAAUUAGGUCUUUGAACAGGGAAAGUAUUUGUCCACCUCUUUCAACUGCACAAUGACAAUCCUAAAAAGACUCAGCUGUCUCACCAUCUCUGUCCUAUGUAUGACUAUUAAUCAUGAGGGCACUCAGAAGAUGAAUGUAUGUUACAGAAUAAUAAUUUUAUAUACUUACAUCUUUUUUUUUUUUUUUGCUAUUUUUAACAGAAAUAUCUUUUUGUGUCAUUUAGUUAACUUUAUUUUAAAAAGUAAGGCAAUGUUUGUAUAAUUAAUUAUCAUUGUACAUAAUUUGUUGGAGUUUUAUUUCUAAAUAGUUACCAGCAUUCAAGAUAACAGAACAGGCUUUAAAAGUCUCCCUGUCAUUUUCUAAAGCUGUUUGUGUGUCAGAACUACUUGCAUUAAUGGAAAAAACAACAACAACAACAAAAACAAACAAACAAAAACCCACCAAAAAUCACAAACAAAACCUCUUCUCAUCUGGAGUUCUUUCUAAUCAGGAAUAGAGAUGCUGAGGAAAGGAGGUGACCGGAGGAAAACUCUUGGAGUGAUUCUGGUGAUAAUGACCUGAACUUGAGCCUUUCUAGUAUAAUUCCUAGACUUAGCAAGGAAGUAAAUUUUGAAAGAACUUAAGAUGCCCGUGCAGCAGCAGAAAUAAUGAAUGCAAUGCUGCUGUCAUUCUUGUGUAAACCACAGGACCUACUGAGUUUACACAUGAGCACUUGGCACAAGGGCAGAAUACCUGGCCUUGUGUGGAUUCUAGAAAUCUUAAUGCCUGGAGCUGCUAGAUACAGGCUACUCCCACCUUUCGGCAGAAUUUGUGUAACUAAAAAUUCUGUUUCCUUUUUAAAGUUCCCAACCCAUAGGACAAAUAAAGUAUAGAAUAUUGAAAAAUAAUGAAUAUUGAACAGAAUUCCUCAGGAGUCUCCUUUACUCUCUGUUUGUGAUUGACAUUUGUAAUGUAGAAGUCCAACAAAACUGAGCUCCUCAACAAUAACCUCCAUAGAUGGACUUGGAGAAUACUAUUUGAUGUGAAGUUUACAUCCCAACUUUAUUUCUUUCAAUUUUGAAAAAUAUGUCAAUAUUGAAAUAAAUAUAGGCAAAUAGAAAGUAGCCAAAUGACACAUUGUGCCAAAAUCCUCAGUCAAAAAAUAUUAAAUGUGAUUUCUCAAGUAUAUCUAAUAGUAAACUAAACUCUUUUAUUAGACACUUUCAAGAAUAGCUGUUUUUUGGUCAGGAAAUUUUAGGACAAAUCUGGAAAUUAUGCUCUAUUAUGCAUUUUAUUUCAAAAAAUAGCUAACUUAGAGCUGUUUGCAAAAUUAAAUGCUAUUUAGUACAGUUAUCUAUAGAGGUAAACACUAUAGAUGUUUAAGGCAUUUGUCAUGAAAAUGUACAUAUAACACACAGAAUUGUAGAGACAGACCUGCUAAUGGUAACACAGUUCCUUUUCUCAGCAGAUGGAUGAAGCAGAUGGAAGACCUGUGUUUUCUUCACACUUUUUCUUUCUGAUCAGUAGUUGUCAGCAAUAAUGUCAAUUCUGUUCUGGAAAUAUGUAUACAGUGAUUUUUUUUUUCGUAUUAGCCUCAUUUUUUUUUCAUCAGACUAGGCUUUUGAUAGGUUUUGGAAAUAUGUAACACGGAAAAAAAAAACGGGGCAGUUGUAUAGAAGUAUGUGGGCCUUCAAGUACAUUCACCAGACAAAUACAAUCAGAUUUUUAUUAGAAAAAAAAGACAUAAUGCAUACUGUAAGAUGUAAGCCAUCUUACAUACUGUAAGAUGAAUUUCUAUAUAAAAAUAAUAUUUGAGACAUUAUUCAGAAAGAUUUGCCCUUACAUAUGUCAAAGAAAAGGAGGCUCUACUUGCAAAAUUCCUGCUGCAAAAUUCUAAAACAUUUUAUUUUCUUGUUGCUAGCUCUAUUGUAGUCCACAUAAUGUUUCAACAGUUUAAGAUAUAAAGUUGUACAACCAUGCUGAAGUGGAUGAGAAACAUUUGUACAAUCUGUUCCACCAGGUCAUCUUUGAAGGCUCUGACCGCCCAGCUAUAAAAUGGUAACAAGCAAGUGGAGUGGCAGAAAUGUUUUAAAACAAUCAUAGCUGUCAGGGGGGGAUUUCAAAAGAACAUCAUUCAGGAAGGUGACACAAGAUCUACUAAUGAAUCAGCAAACAAAUGCUGACAAAUGCUAACAUUGGAAUAAUUUGUUUCUGUACUAACUGUAGAUCUUCCAGAGAAAGAUGAAUGUGCUCAAUGUGUCAGAAUCAAUGAAAACACCAUUGUAGUGGUUAAUGGGCAAAAAGCAGAAAAUAUAUUAUGACAUAUAUGAAACAAGCUAUGUAAUAAACUCUGAAAGUAAUAAAAUGA